AGGCGGACUUGACAAGAUCACACACAGAACCAAGCAGGAGCAGCAGGACCUCAUCAUUUGUUACAAAUGGAGAAAGAUGAAGAUGUUCAGUACUGUUUUCAAGACGGAAACUCUUCAUGCAGAAAGGCUUUGCUAUCGACAUCUAUCUACAUAACACUGUACAUCUUCUUCUCAUUGAUUUCAGCAGUUACAGUAUUUUUGAACAUACUGGUGAUCAUCUCCAUCUCUCACUUCAAGCAGCUCCACACUCCAACCAACCUGCUCAUCCUCUCUCUGGCUGUGUCAGAUCUCCUGGUGGGACUGAUUGUGAUACCAGCAACGACUGUAGCAAUAAUGGAAUCAUGCUGGGGUUUUGGGGAAUAUUUCUGUGUGUUUCAGAUCUACAGUACUUUCUUAUGUACUUCUUUAUCUCUGGGUAAUUUGGUCUUGAUAUCUAUUGACCGCUAUGUUGCUGUGUGUGAUCCCUUGUUGUACCACUCUAAAAUAACAAUAACAAGAAUCAUGUGUUGUAUAUCCAUUACCUGGUGUUGUUGUAUCAUAUACCGUGCUGCUAUUAUAAAAAACUUUGUAAAUGUACAGGUACCAAGUAGGUGUUUGACAGAAUGUUUUAUUGUUGAAGGAAUAUCCUGGAGUAAUAUCAUCGACCUUGUAAUUACAAUGGUUGUCCCAUGCUCUAUUAUUAUAACAAUUUAUAUGAAAAUCUUUGUGGUGGCCAGAUCACAGGCCAGAAAUGUUUUUUCAAAAGAGGCUGCCAAUGUGUCUGGUGUUAAAACUGUACGGGCAAAUAAGUCUGAGAGAAAAGCAACAAAAACUCUUUCUAUUAUUGUUUUCAACUAUUUCAAUUGUUGGAUUCCAUUUCUAUUUGUUUUCUUUUUUUCUUUUGUAAUUGACAAUUUAUUAUCAGUUAUCAUCGGCUUUCUGCCUCUUGUUAAUUCCUUAAUUAAUCCAAUAAUUUAUGCUUUCUUUUAUCCAUUGUUCAAAGUGACAGCUAAACGUAUUUUAACUCUGAACUUAAGGCGUUCAUAGUACGUAUGUUUUCAUAGUACAUGUGUUAGCUAGGGAUGGGGGAAAAGUGUGACACCAAUCAGGCCACCGAGGACUGGAAUUGCCCUUCUAGUGUCUAGUGGCUCAAUUGGGGCACAAUGCCUUCAACAAGUGCAGUAAAAUUUAAAUGUACAAUAUGCAUGAUAUCAGAUAACAUCCAAGUAUUACUCUAUGGUGUAUUGUGUAAGUAGUUGAUGGUCAAAUGUAAGAAUAUGCAAUUAUGGGUAACACUUUAUAAUAGCAUUCAGUGAUAAACCAUUUGUAAGGAAUUUCCAGUUUGCUCACCGUUUAUUAAUCAUUACUUCCACAUUUGUUAAAUGUUAGUCAGUUAGGUAUUAUCACAUUUAGAAAUAACUACUCUAUCCACUAAUGAUUCAACACAACAGCUCAGGAAACCACAGCAGACAUUUCAACCUCAACAUACUGGGUAUGAACACUACUCUCACUACCACUACUCUCACUACCACUACUCUCACUACUACUACUCUCACUACCACUACUAACACUACAUCACUGCUGUCAGGUCAGGGGU